GCGCAUAAUACGUAGGGUAACAUGCCGCAGAUUUCGUGAUGCAGAGGAGCCCCGUUUGGGAAUAAACUUUCACCUUUGACAGUUCCCCCGCGUUUCGCCAAAUCGAUAUGAACUCCUCCCCCGGAAGGAGUAAACGCAAAAAGGGAAUGGCAACAGUGACAGCCGCCGCAGCAGCAGCGCAUGCGUGAGAGAGUACACAACGGUGAAGCACGAGCAGUUGUUACGUGCCUGCUGAGCAAACAUUUUCCGUUCAGCUGGCGCGGCCUAUUUGAAGGUACCUCUUUGCUUAUUCGCGCGUGGGGAUGGAAAGGGGAGCAUCGCCCGCGGUGACUACUUGUUCGAGGGGCAUUUUAGGGCAGCUCCAUUUGGAGCGUCACCUGAGGCCAUCGCUAUUGAGGGUAUCGCUAUCUGAGGGCACUACUUCCUCCCUUUUUGCGGAGGAAAGGCACAUACAAUAGCACACGCUUGCUUACCGCAUUGCUCAGGGGGUGCAACUUUGCGCUGCCUUGCGCUGCCCAGUGACGCCGCGGUUGAGAAGUUUAAUCGGCUGCCAGUCAGCGCUUCUUACGGAGGGACCACCCCGUUGUAGCACCCCCCCCCCGAAUGCACCAUGGCGGAGGAAUAUGAGAAGUACAAGCGGUUCGAGUACCGCAUGAACUCUAACCUGGUCCUCCAGAGGGAGGGCCCCAUCCCGAAUUUUAAUGAGCCGACGGGGGAGAGCGAAAGUCUGGUGGGGAAGCUGAAGCAUAAGAUGGGAGACAAGGUAGAAUACACGAAGCCGACUAGCCAAAGCAGCAGAAGGGAAGAAGCAUUUAGGAGAAGCAACAAGAGAAAGGAUCUUAUCUUCGAUGAGAAGAGGAAGAGAGUGAGACGAGGAAGCAGUGGGGGAAUCAAAGAGAGGAGCGUUUUAAAUAUUAACCUUCAGGAUAUAUUUAUGUACAAGCCGAGCACGAAAUACACGGAAAAAAUGUUUGCAAAUGUGAUGGGGUUGGUUCGAAGCAUCAUUGGAGACCACACGGGGGAUAUUAUUAACAGUGCAUGUAAUGAGAUCCUUUUCAUUUUAAAAAACGAAAAGAUAAGCAGUGAGGAGAAAAAAAAAAAAGUGGAAGAGGCGCUGGAGGUGAGCUCCAUGAGUGAUGAGCAGUUUCUCCAGAUGAACAACUUCGCCAGGGAAAUUUAUGAUUUCAACCGGAAGGAAGUUUUGGAGGAGGUGGACGAGGAGGAGGGGGUCGCCGUGGUCUUUGAGGAGGACGACGAGUAUUUGGAUUACCGGAGCAGCACGAGGGGGCGGGACAGUGUGAAGAGCCAGGAGGGCAUGGCCAGCACGAACGAGUUGAGCGAUGAGUACGGGGGUGGGGAGGUAGAAGAAGAGGAUGAAGAAGAAGAGGAGGAGGAGGAAGAGGAGGAAGACGAGGAGGAUGAGGAUGACGAGGAAGAGGAAGAGGAGGAAGACGAGGCGGAUGAGGAAGAGGAAGAGGAAGACGCGGGGGAAGACCCCUCUGGCGAAAAAUCAGUGGAGAAAAAGAAACCCCAAUUGGGGAAGAAGAAUCGCCCCGGAAGGCAGUCCACCUCGGGGAAGGGAACCAGCGGGAGGAAGAGCGCCAAAGGAGGCAUGGUCAUCACCCCGGGGGGUUUCCCUGUGAAGAAAAAACAGGAGAAGCAAGAAAAACACCUGAGCCUUAAAGGCAUUAAAAAAGACUCAGAUGAGAAGAGAAAAAACGAGGAGGACUACGAGUUGGAGACCAAUUCGAUUGACGCUCACUGGCUGCAGAGGGAGCUAAAUAAAGUGUUCACAGACCCGUCCCUCUGUCUAGAGAAGGAGAAGGAAGUGCUGGAUGUCCUAGGGAUCUAUGACAUGCAAGAAUGCGAAAAUAGGUUGGUUCAUAUUUUAAAAUACGAGCAUUUUUACAUGGCAAAGUUGCUCAUUAAGAAUAGGUGGAAGGUUUAUUACUGCACGAUGCUUGGGCAAGCCCAGACGGAGAAGGAGAAGAAGAAGAUCAUGGAGGAGAUGAGGAAGAGCGAGGAGGGGGAGGAGAUUUUGGAGGAGCUGUCCAACUUCAAGGCUGUGAAGAGGAACCGGCAGAGCGAGUUCGCCAAGACCAUGCGGAGGGAGGCGGACAAGCUGUUCGGCAAGCGGAGUUACGCGCGCGGCGCGCCGGGGGAAGCAGCGGAGGAGGAGCAGCAGGCGCGCGAGGGGGGCGGGUUCAUCCACGAGGGGGAAGAGGGGGAGGAGGGGGAAGAGGCGGACGAGGAGGAAGAAGCAGAAGAGGGGGAGGAAGCAGACGAAGUGGACGCGGACGCGAACCCCCCUGCGAAGAACGCCAAGUCCGCCGCAAACAAGCAGCUACGCGUGAAGCACCCCCAGGGGGACCGCCCGGACGGCCGCGAAGAAGACGAGGAAGCGGCUGAGCAGUUUAGGGCCAAGUACAUUGACCUAGAGAAGUUAGAAAUGAAACAGAAGGGAGCAGAUCUAUUCAACGGAGAGGUUGUGUUGCCAGUGGACAGCACCCGCGUGGAGAAAAAGGAUUACGAUGAGAUUGUCAUCUCGAGUGCUAGUGGUAGAGGUAGCGGUGCGAAGGGGUCCCUCGAUAGUGAAAAGGCAAAGGGGAAGGAGAAUUAUUUUACCAAUCCGGAGGAGAUUCCCCUCGUGAGUGUGUCCGAGCUCCCCGAGUGGGCACAAGAAGUUUUUACCUGCGUAGGGAUUAGCAAACUGAACGCCAUACAGUCUAAGGUGCACCAGGUAGCCCUCAACAGGUACGAGGAGAAUAUGCUCAUUUGCGCUCCAACAGGGUCAGGUAAAACGAACAUUGCCUUGCUAUGCAUUCUGAAUGUGAUUGGGAGCUACCGGUUGCGGAGUGGGGGCAUCGACCGGAAGAGCUUCAAGGUUAUAUACAUUUCCCCCAUGAAGGCGCUGGUGAAUGAGCAGGUGCAGUCCUUCUCCCUGAGACUGAAGUGCUUAAACAUAAAGGUGAGCGAGUUGACAGGGGAUGUCAACCUGAGCAGCAGGGAGAUUGAGGAGAGCCAGGUGAUCGUGAUGACCCCAGAGAAAUUCGAGGUGAUCAGCAGGAAAUGGGAUGAGAAGAUCCUGCUGCAGAAGAUCAGGCUCAUCAUCUUCGACGAGAUUCACCUGCUGAACGAGGUGCGCGGGAACGUCCUGGAGAGCAUCAUCAGCCGGGUCAACCGGUACGUGGACAACGCGCUGGUGUACGACGGGGGGGGGCUAGCGGUAGGGUCGGCGGUAGGGUCGGCGGUAGGGUCGGCGGUAGGAUCAGCGGUAGGAUCAGCGGUAGGAUCAGCGGUAGGAUCAGCGGUAGAGGCAAAGGGUGCAUCAUCUGAAGCGCCGCCUGAAGCGCUGCACGCUCCUGCUCAGGACAAACUAACCGUGCGGAGGAAGAAGAUCCGGCUGGUGGGCCUGUCCGCCACGCUGCCGAACUACGAAGACGUGGGGCUGUUCCUGCGCGCGGACCUGCGCACGGGCGUGUUCUACUUUGACCGCUCCUUCAGGCCAGUGCAGCUGGAGCAGCACUACAUCGGCAUCAAGGAGAAAAAGGGAAUAAAGAAGUACGCCCUUAUGAACCAGCUGACCUACGAGAAGGUCCUAGAGGAGGCCGGCAAAAAUCAAAUCCUAAUCUUCGUGCACAGCAGGAAGGAGACCUACCGAACGGCGAAGAUGCUGAUGGAGAAGUUUCUUAAGAGCGACAAUUUGGGUAAGUUCCUAAUGGGGAAAAAGAUAUCAAGUGAGAUUUUACUCUCCGAAAAGGAAGCUAUAGUGAAUGAGGAGCUGAAGGAGAUCCUCUCCUUUGGCUUUGGCAUUCACCACGCGGGGAUGAAGAGGACGGACCGGAAGUUGGUAGAGGAUUUAUUUUCCGAUAGGCACUUACAAGUGUUGGUCUCAACGAGUACCCUCGCGUGGGGAAUUAAUCUCCCCGCACAUACAGUCAUCAUUAAGGGGACGAGUGUGUAUAACAUCAGCGUGGGGGAUUUCGAUGAGCUAUCCCCCAUGGAUGUGCUUCAAAUGGUGGGAAGGUCAGGAAGACCUCAGUACGAUAGGAGCGGAAAGGCAAUCAUCAUAACGGACCACAAGAAUUUGCAGCUGUAUUUGUCCCUAAAUAAUGAGCAGCUGUCCAUUGAGUCCACCCUCAUGAGGAACAUUGUGAAUGUGCUAAACGCGGAGAUCGUUCUGAGGAAUGUGCAGAAUUUCCAGGAGGCCGUGAACUGGUUCCGCUACACGUAUCUGUACAUCCGCAUGGUGAAGAACCCCCGGCUGUACGGGGUCCUGGGGCGGAACGACCAGCAGAUGGACUCCCUUUCUUCGGAAAGCGGUGAACGCGGUGAACGCGGUAAGGAUGGCACCAUUUCGCCUGACCUGUUCAUGCAAAAAUUGAACAGAAAAAUUUACAACAUCGUCUAUUCCGCCUUUGUAACGCUGGAGAAGUACGAGUUGGUGAAAUACAACCGGAAGCUGAACACCGUGAGCAGCACCUACGUGGGGAAGAUCAGCAGCUACUACUACGUGGACUACCGCUCGAUAGAUAUGUAUAAUAAGAAGCUAAAUAGGCACACAAACGAAACGGAAUUAUUAAAACUGUUUGGCAUGAGUGACGAAUUUAAGAACAUCUUCGUGAGGGAGGAGGAGAAGGUGGAGUUGUCCCUCAUCAUGGAAAAGCUACCCAUCCCUUUGAAAGAGUCCAUAAACAUCCCAUACACGAAGAUAAACAUCCUUCUGCAGUUGUACCUUUCAAAUGUGACUCUAAGUGGGUAUGUCAUUAACGCGGAUAUGAUUUAUAUACAGCAGAACGCCUUGAGGCUUUUUCGCGCCUUUUUCGAAAUUUCCCUGAAGAAGAACUCCUACCACUUAACUGCUCUAACGCUGAAGUUUUGCAAAAUGGUUGAGAGGAAGAUGUGGGCCACCAUGUCUCCUUUGAGACAGUUUGGCUUGCUGAGCAAUGAGCUCAUCAAAAUUGUGGAGAAGAAGAACAUCACCUUUAGGAAUUACCUCAACAUGAGUCUGAAUGAGUAUGUAACCAUUUUUAAGAACAAAAAAAUUGCAAAAAAUGUAUACAAAUUGGUGCACCACUUUCCGAAGAUUGAGCUGAGUGCGUACAUCCAGCCGAUCAACCAUAGGAUGUUGAAGGUCGAGUUGAAUGUUACCCCAGAUUUCAUUUACAACCCAAAGUACCACGGGAGUUUUAUGCACUUUUGGCUCUUCGUUUUUGACAUUUCCAGUGAGAGCAUGUUGCACUAUGACCUGUUUAGUUUGAGGAGGGGGGGGGUGGGCAGCUCAGCCAGUAUGGAAGCGGUUAAUGCGUCUGGUCAGCUCCUCCAAGAGGACGGGGGCCACUCUGCGGAUGCGCUGGAUGAUCACCUGCUCACCUUCUUCGUGCCGAUCAACGAAAACCCCUUUUACAUCGUUAAGGUGGUGUCCGACAAAUGGUUAGAAUGCGAGAGUACCAUCAAUUUGUACCUGAAGGAUAUCAUCCUACCUUCGAAGGUUUCCUUUUCUACGCCGCUGCUAGAUUUGCAGGCCCUCCCGGUGAACGCCCUCAAGUUUGAGGAGGCGAAGCAGUUCUUCCUCAGCCGAAAUAUGGCUCAUUUUAACCCAGUCCACACGCAGGUCUUCCCCUCAUUAUACGAAACUGGUGACAACGUCAUCGUUUGUAGCUCCCCUGGGAGGUACUACCUCACCCCGGCCGAGUUCGCCAUUUUGAGGAUGGUCAGAUGCGUAAAGGAGCUGCACCACUUCAUUAGGAGGUACCUCAAGAGGGAGGAAGAUCUUCACAAAAUUGUACGCGAUAGGAAUAUCGCCUCUGUUGCGUAUAACAACCCGGUGGAUUUUAUAAAAACUGUGUAUGUAGCUCCGUUAGAGGAAAUCGUUUUGAAAACGUUCGAGAAUUGGACCCACUUUGCCAGCUACUUCGGAUUGAAGAUGGCCAUCCUGACGGGCGACGUCCAGGUCGACACUAAACUUUUGCAGAAAAACAACAUCAUUCUGUGUACCCCAGAUAGGUUUAAUAGUUUGGCCAAAAAGUGGAGGAGGAAGAAAAUCUUCCAGUCGAUUAAUUUAUACCUUUUUGAUCACAUGGAGUUGCUGGACAGCGCCCAGGGGGCCAUCAUGGAGGUCGUCAUCAGUCGCGUCAGGUACAUAGCCACGCAGCUGCAGCUGGGCAGGGCCCAGCGGGGGCGCAGGGGCAGCGCGGCUUCGUCGGAGGCCAAGUCGAGGCUGCCCCCCUUUGUUGAGCUCAACUUAGGGGAGCGCCCGGUUGGCGGCAACCCGCAGGGGGGGGCGGCGGCAGAUGGGGGGCGAGAUGCCGCUUCCGUUGCGGCGCGAGAUGCCGCCCCCGACCCAACACGCCACCUCAACCUGAUGCAAAACCUCAGCAUGGAGGACAUCCAGGACAACGUGGGGGUGAACCGAAUCGUGUGCCUGUCCAGCUGCUCCAUCAGCAACUGCAGAGACGUGGGGGAGUGGAUCGGGUGCAAGAAGAGCGAUUACUACAACUUCCUCUCCAGCGUGAGGAGCAUCCCCAUCGAAAUUUACCUGCACGCGGUCAGCAUCAUGAACAAGCAGAACAGGUACCUCUCCAUGCAGAGGCAGGUGUACCAAACGGUGCGGAAGUUGAAGAGGAAAAACGCCAUCAUCUUCGUGACGGAGGAUAGGAUGUGCAAAACGUUGGCACUUGACCUGAUCCUUUCCGCGUGUAACGAUGGGUACUCAUUUGUCUCUAACCUGGGGGGGCCCAGCGGAACGGACACUUUGCAGGAGCACCUGCAGGAUCGGAUGCUCGUGGAGCUGCUCAAGCAGGGAGUGGGCUUCCUACACACCAACAUGGGGGAGGUGGAGAGGAAGCUAGUGGAGGGCCUCUUCGACAAGAAGGCCAUACAGCUACUCAUCGUGGCGCACGACUAUGUAUACCGGCUGAAUGUGUAUGGCAAUGUGGUCAUCCUGCUGGACACCAUCAUCACGCACUUUGAUGGGAAGGAGGAGGACUACUCCAUUCAAAGUGUCCUGCAGAUGCUCAGCUAUGCAGGUCGCCAGGGGGAAGACUCCAAAUCCUUCGUCUACAUCUACACGUACAUCACGAAAAAGGAUUAUUAUAAAAAUUUUAUUUACGAGCCGCUGACUGUAGAGUCUAAUGUGGAGGAUUAUUUGCCAAAUUUUUUGAACAACGAAAUUGUGAUGAGUACCAUUGAGAGCUACCAGGAUGCGAUCGACUGGCUCACGUGGACCUUCUUCUACAGGAGAGUUAAGAAGAACCCGAAUUACUACGGGCUGAAGGGGGUGUCCAAUGAGCAUAUUUCUGACUACCUCUCCGAGCUGAUCGAGAGCAACAUGGAGCUGCUCUCCUUCGCGAACUGCGUGGCGAUCGAGGCGGGUGAGCAGUCCAGGCAGGAGAGAAAGGCGCGCAGUGGGGACACGCACUCCACGCACAGGGGGGACGGUCCCGCAGGAGGAGAACCCCCCAUCAGCGGCUCCGCCUCCAUCAAGCCGUGCAACCUCGGCAUCAUCGCGUCCUACUACAACCUGGAUUACCACGUGGUGCACUUCUUCAACCAGUACGUCUUAUCCCUCAAGGGGCUGAAAAAGAAUAGGGUGCUCGAGAUCGUCUGCCUCGCCAGCGUCAUCCCCCAGGUGGUAAAAAUCAGCAGCCAUGAUGUGCUCCUCUGCGUGAAGAUUGCCCAGACGUGCAACAUGAAGGUCACCUCUGAGUUUUUGAAGCUCUCCAUAAGUAGCGAAUCAGUUACGGGAAAAAAUGGCCUUCUCCCAGGAGAUGACCCAGAUGAACAAUCAAAUCGCCUGAACAAGUCAGGUGAAAAUGACAAAAAAGAGCAGUACAUAAAUUUGGUAAAUUUUAUUUCCAACCCGAUGUAUUUUACGCCCCACUUGAAAGCGUUGGUCAUACUCCUGGCACACAUCAAUCGGUAUAGCAUUCCAGUGAACUACGUCGAAGAAACGAAAAGGGUCCUCCAAAAAACGUAUCUCCUAAUCAAUGCGCUUAUCGACGUGAUUAGCAGUAAUAACAUUUUAAAUUUCUGCCUCUUCGUCAUGGAGAUUUCGCAAAUGCUAACGCAGAGUAUGAGCAGUACAGAUGAGUCCAACCUGCUGCAGUUGCCCCACUUCGAUGAGAGUUUAAUUAAAAAGGCGAAGGAGUUGGACCUGGCAGAUGUAUACGAUUUGAUUAAUGCGGAGGAUGACCAGAGGGAGGAGCUCCUCAGCCGGUUGACUGAAAAGGAAAAAAGCGAAAUUGCCAACGUGUGUAACAUCUUCCCAGUUAUUGAGGUGCACUACGAGGUAGACCUGGAGAGGAGCUACAAAGUGAAUGAAAUAGCUACCCUCAAUUUGACCAUAGAGCGAGACUUGGUGCAAGACCACCCCGACGCGACUGCCAACUGCUUUGCCCAUUCGUUGUAUCUCCCCUUUGAGAAGGAGGAGCUGUGGUGGGUCGUCAUUGGCAUUAAGCGGAUGAACCUGCUGCUCUCCAUAAAGAAGUUGCCCCUCCUCAAGGCCGUGAACCACGUGAAGGUGAGCUUCGAGCUGCCCGACCAGCCCGGCCGCUACGACGUCGUCCUCUACGUUAUCAACGACUGCUACGUGGGCUGCGACCAGGAGUACGAGUUCGCGAUGGAGGUCGCCCCGUGA